CUCUUCCGACCAUUUCUGCGUGAGUCCGACAGUCAGGGGCGCUCUCGUGUUCUACCGAGCCUUCUUCACCCAGGCAUAUGGCACAUUCAGCCUCCUUUCUUUCUUCUUUUUGUGUCCCCACAACUCUUUAAAAAUUCCGCCGAAAAAGAGAAGACGAUUUUCCAAAUCAUUCAGGCCGUUAUCUCACGGCUCCCCACUCUCUCUGCGAGUGUAUAAGCGCUACCCAGAAGGCCUAGGGGAGGCCCUCUACCGCGAGCUGUUCGACUUCAACGCUGAGCCGCCUUGGGAUCCUAGUUGAUAGCGGGAGAGGACCAUCUCCCACGUUGUCCAUUUUGUUGCAUACCCAGAAUACCCCAGCGGCUCAGUAAACUCUCUAUGAUUGUCGGAUUUGCGGAAUACGGUUGAGAUGAAAGGAUUCGUUGAUGCACCAAACUACUUCAUUGAACUACUUGAGGGAGGAACGACCCUUGAAAAUGUUAUUGACAACCACAUAUAUGAACAAAAUCUGGCUGAAAAGAAUGCAUUUGUUGUGGCCGACCUUGGGGCCCUAAUGCGACAGCAUGUUGUCUGGAAGACCACCAUGCCUCUCGUUCGACCCUUCUACCCAGUCAGUUGUAACAGCAGCCCUGUAGUCAUUGAACUUCUGUCUGCACUUGGUGUGGGAUUUGUCUGUGCAAAUAAGGCUGAAACUACAUUGGUACUCAGUCAUGAUGUCCCUCCUGAAAACAUCAUCCUGUCUGGAGUUUGCAAGCAGCUAUCACUGAUUAAACAUGCAGCUAAGACUGGCAUCAAUUUUUUGUUGUGUGAAAAUGAGGCAGAGCUUCGAAAAAUUGCCCGUGCACAUCCUGAGGCCAAGCUUCUGCUUCAAGUGUCUACUGAAGCACAGAUUGAAGAAGCGAGUGUGACCAUCGGUUGCUCACUGAAGGGCUGUAGACACCUUCUAGAAUUGGCCAAGGAGUUGAAUGUCAGUGUGGCUGGAGUCACGUUCCAGGUACCAGCAUCAUGCAAAGAUCCCCAAGCAUACACCCAUGCACUUUCAGACGCCCGCUGCAUAUUUGACAUGGGGAAGGAAUUCGGCUUUGACAUGAACAUCUUGGAUAUUGGUGGAGGAUUCAGUGGUUCAGAGUUCCAGCUGAAACAGGUACAUUCGGUCAUCAAGCCCUUGCUUGAGGCUUAUUUCCCCUCAGAAUCUGGAGUGAGCGUCAUUGCUGAACCAGGAAAUUUCUUUGUGUUUUCCUGCUUCACCCUGGCUGUCAAUGUUAUUGGCAAAAAAGCAGCAUACCAGGAUCUCCAUACCAGCACUCACGAUGAGCUGACCUCUAGCGAUGCACCAGAAUUUGUGUAUUACAUGAACGAUGGUGUUUAUGGAUCUUUCAUGGGGAAGCUGUUUGGAAAUAUUAUCUCCACUCCUUCUGUCCACAAGAUAUCGCUCACCCUAGAUGAGCCAGUGUUCUCCAGCAGCUUGUGGGGCCCAUCGUGUGACCCACUGGACCAGGUGGUGGAGCGUUGCCUUCUCCCAGAGCUCGCUGUUGGGGACUGGCUCAUUUUCAGCAACAUGGGGGCAAGCGGUCAGGACGGGCCAGCAAGCUUCAGCGACACAGACCAACCACCUGUGUAUUACACCAUCUCCACAGAUGACUGGUUUGAGAUGCAGGAGGCUGGAAUUUCUCUUGACGACACCAUGAAAAACCUCUCAUUGGUCCAGUUUGGCCUGUAACACAGCCAGUCUCCGUCCACUAACCACUGGACAUGUGAAUAGAGUCAACAUUCCAACAGUCAUGGGUGGAAAAAUGAUGUUCGUUUUGGUGUGGGGGAGGAAAAAACAAAAAUAGCUUGAUGUUACUGGUCAAAACCUAACCGAUUGACAUUGUUACCUCAGUUUCUCACAAAAAGGCUCACUUUGCUUAUUGCUCAAAAAGAAUGACAAACAAAACAACAUAUAAAAUAACAUAUGCAACAAAAUGGAUGACUGUGGAGAUGGCACCCAAAUCCUUGGGUUUCUUAAUCAAACACAGUUUACACAGAUGUUCAACUAAUUUAAUUUUAUUAUGUAUACAUAUAUAGAUAUAGAUGACCUACUAAAAGUCUUGUAAAUGAGUUGUCUGUUCAACAAAGAUGCAUUUGUCUCAAAUCAGGAUAGCGUUAGAUGCACAAAUAGGACCCUUAUUAGUGUGUGAACAAGUGACAAUUGGUUUUGCAAUCUGUCCUUUUUCUCUUUCGCAUUUUACAUGGUUUUCUAGAAGUAGGGGGCUUUCAUGUCGCUCCUCAUGCCAAAUUAUGGUUUCCUCAUUACAUGUGGUGCGUCACGUGACAGUAUUUCCAAAGGUUAUAUAUAUAUAUAUUUCAUAGUGCUCUAUGGUUGAGUGUGCUGUAAUAAUUUGCAGUGUCCCUUUUAAAAGAUUGGCAGGUGUGAAUUGGUUUCUCUAUUGUAUAUUUUUUAAAACUAAAAACCGAAAUCUGCUCUGAGUUUUUAGACAUUUAACUUAAGGACAUUUCACCGCAAUCGGAUUAAAUGCUGCAAGGCACUUGCUCUCAAUCUAAAACAGUCAAAUCAAACAGUGUGUAUUAUUUCAGAUCCAUGUUUUACCUCUAGUGUGUCUAGCAUGUCGUCUGAGUUUGAUUAUAACAGCUGUUUUAUAAGAUCAUGCCCCUUAGUGAUGAAAUACACCUUUUGUCUGAGGCACUAAUGGACCAUUGCCUGUUUUUGACUGUAAAAUUGUGCUUGUAAAAGUAAUUAAAUCUUAAUUUAAUACA